CCGAAGCGACCGCCCUCCUUUUCAAAAAAACAGAAGAAACCCUACCCCUCUUAUCUCCCUCACCUCUUCGCAGCUGAAAAACAAAAAACACACAAGAGAAGAGAACCCUGCGCUGCUACUCAAAACUCAAAAAACGGUACCGUAGGAGCCAACAAAAAAAAACCCUAGCUUGUUCAAUUUGUUCUACCUGCUUAUUUUCUCGGCGUCAUAGAGAAUGGAUCGGUACCAGAGGGUAGAGAAGCCAAGAACCGAAACACCGAUUAAUGAGAAUGAGAUUCGCAUCACUACUCAAGGAAGAAUGAGGAACUACAUUACUUAUGCCACCACGCUCUUUCUGGAGAAGGGAUCUGAUGGAAUCUCUCUCAAGGCCAUGGGAAGAGCCAUAAACAAGACUGUGAUGAUUGCUGAAUUGAUUAAGAGAAGGAUUGCUGGUCUUUAUCAGAAUACAUCCAUUGGUUCUACUGAUAUAACUGACAUGUGGGAGCCACUAGAGGAGGGUCUUCUCCCCUUGGAAACCACUCGUCACGUGUCGGUGAUAACAAUUACUCUAUCCAAGAAGGAACUGGAUACAUCCUCCACAGGCUACCAAUUGCCUAUUCCAGCUGAUCAAGUGAAACCAUUGGCUGAAUAUGAUUAUGAAGGAGAGGGGGGCUCUCCUCGUAGGCACGGGAGAGGGCGUGGUGGUCGAGGAAUGGCAAGAGGUAGAGGAAAUACUAGUAAUGGAGGGGUGGAGUACAAUGGAGAUGGUGGCUGGGAUGCUGGGCGUGGAUAUGGUGGCAGGGGGAGAGGUCGUGGAAGAGGACGGGGUUAUCGUGGUCGUGGAAGAGGUUAUGGUGGUGGAUAUAUGCCACAACAGUCAGGUGGCUAUAACGACUAUGGGGGCGGAGCAUUUGUUGGCCAGGGCCGUGGUACAAAUAGAAAACCUCCUCUUGCUGAUAAUUGGCCAGCUUUGCAUCAAAGGAACCCUCUAGUUGUCUCCCUUGUGCUCCCUUGUGGUCCUUUCCUCAUUUGCAUUGAAUCAUGGAAUUCUUCCACAUUUAUGCUAUAUGAUACAACUCAAUUCAUUCUAUUUGUGGGCAUGAUAGUUAUUUUUUAUGAUCUUUAGAAACCAAAUUAAUCAUAUUUUGUUUUCUUAUAAUCACACUUUUCUUCCUCAUCAUUUGAAAACAUCUUUACAUCCAUUGAUGGAAGUAUCCAGAACUUCAGUUGAGCUAAAAAAAUAGAGAAGAAAACUAUGAAUUAUUUCUUGGCUCUCUUUUGGAGUUCAUUGUGUCAAAUAAGGUGAUGCUGGAGUGCACGACAGUGAUCCACUGGUGAAGUGCUGAAAUGGUUUUCAAAUGAUAUAUGCUCUUCUGGUUAUCAUCUUCAUCUGAAAUUAGAACUAUUUGGCC